UUUAUAGCAUGUGUGUACCUAUUCAUGUAUGUAUGUACAAUGUCCACACAGUAUUUAUAUGGUUUUUAAAUUUAUUUCAGGAUUUAAUUUUGUGAUCCAUUUGUGAAACAUGAAGACAAGGCCAUUGACUGCUUUCGAAGUCUAUGCAUCAGGGAAAGUGCCAGAGGUAACCAAAAAGCCAGGUACCAAUAGUAGAACCAAGAUUAAGAAAAUGAAAAGGAAGAAGGUGAUCGAAUCCAAAAAACUGAAAAAAGCUGGCAUUUUAACAAUAGAAGAUUCCCAACUCAAUUCAACAGACAAAGUUGUUGUCAGAAGUGGUGCGGUUAAACCAGUAAAAAAGAAAAAUCUGCCAGUAGUUAAUGGAAUUAAUGGAUUACAUGUCAACAAAAAGAAACCCAAAAAGAAGAAGGCUUUGUCACCAAGCGAUGAGAACGACUCCCAGUGCGUAAAUGGUGAGGAAUGUAUGAAAGAUGAUGUAAAGGGUGCUAAGAACAAAACUAAAGUGUUGAAAGAGAAGAAGCUUCUUAAAAAGGUAAAGAAGGACAAAAGUAGUGUAAAAAAACUGAAAACCUUGGAAAGUGACAAGCAAGCAGAUUUUAAGAAGAAAAUUGCAAAAGUGAAGAAGCUCGUGAACCAGAAGGCAGGAAAGAGCAACAAGACCCAUUCAGAAAUUGAUGAUGCUGAUGAAGAUUCUGUCAUUGAAAGUGAUGGAUUGGAGGAUGGGGAAGAGUUAGUGGAAGAAGAUGAAGUGGAAGAAGAUGAGAUGGAAUAUCAUAUAGAAACUUGUAAGUGUUGAAUGGUGGUGUAUUAA